AUGAAGAAGCUUCGCGUCGCUGAAGAAGCGAACUAUUUUGAUGCCUUGGCGGAGGAGACCUUUUUCAUGAUCCUCGAUUGUUUAGAUUCCAAUCCCCUGGACAAGAAGAGUUUCUCCCUCGUCUGCAAGUCCUGGUACGCCGCCGAAUCCCGCCACCGCAGGGUGCUGAAGCCCCGCCGUGUCGAUCUUCUCCCCACCGUCCUCUCUCGGUAUCCCUCUGUCUCGCGUCUCGAUCUCUCCCUCUGCCCCCGGGUAACCGACGCUUGCCUCGCAACGGUGGCCCUAUCCCUAGGCUCGUCGCUCCGUUCCAUCGACCUGUCGAAAUCGAGGUCCUUCACCCAAGUCGGACUAGAGAGCCUCGUGACCAACUGCUCCUCAUUGGUGGAGAUCGACUUGUCGAAUGCGACGGAACUGAGUGACGCCGCGGCAGCGACGAUCGGGCGGGCGAAGAAUCUGGAAAGGCUGUCGCUGACCAGGUGCAAGAUGGUCACGGACAUGGGUCUCGGAUGCAUCGCCGUUGGAUGCCCAAGACUGAGGGCGCUCAGUUUGAGAUGGUGCCUGGGCGUGACGGAUCUUGCGGUGGGGCUCGUGGCGGUAAAAUGCAAGGAGAUUCGUUCUCUUGACAUCUCUUAUGUUCAGGUAGAUGGGCAUCAUCUUCUCAGCCUGCAAUGGGCCAGAGUUUUUAUCACCUUUUCGAGAUUUUACAUGGUUUUGGGAUUAAUAUAUUCCAUGAACCUUUCUUCAGAAUACACAAUUUCAUGUUCUUCAGCGAUUCAGCGAUUGAUUCAGGGGUGACUGAAUCAGUGAUUUAGAAUGUACCGACAAUUUCUUCUUCACAAUUCGCAGGUCACAGGGCAAUGCCUGCAGCCAAUACUGCAACUGAAGAAUCUGCAGGAUUUAUCCCUCGAAGGAUGCCGUGGGAUUGAUGAUGAGAGCCUUGCAACUAUUCAACAGAAAUGCAAAUCCCUCGUGGUAAUCUUCAGUCCUCGCCUUUUUCUGUUUCCUCAUUCAUCCAGAAGACUCAUCCUCACAAGAAAACUCUAUGCGGGUAACAUGUGCAUUACCGAAGAAAUGAUCUUCAUCACAGUGAUAGAUAUCAUAUCAUAUUGCUCUUCAUUAAACUCACUAGUACCGCAACAUCUGUUGACUGCAACUGCUGGUGAUUGCUCCAUCUCUGCAUGCGUACCCAACAGCUGAUGUUAAAUGUUAUACUGUUAGUAUAUGGGUUUAUGUUCCAAAGUUUCAUUCCUUUUGUCGUCGUCACUCAUCAACGGUUUUCUGCAGACCCUCAACCUGUCAAACUCUCGGCAUGUUGGAUAUCUUGGAUUCUCUUCUCUAUCAAGGGGAGCUGUGCAUCUACGUGAGCUCAUUCUGUCACACUGUGGCACUGUGAGUCUAAACUCUCGUCCUGGUUUCGCACCAGAAGAAAAAAUUGGAUAAAUACUGUCGCUGAAAGAUCCAUUUCUUAUUACUGUCAUGCAGGUUUCUCACUCUUUGGCGAACAGUUUGCAGAAGUUCUCAAGGUUGCAAUCUCUCCAGUUAGAUGGCUGCCGAUUUUCUACUUAUGGAUUGAAAGUUGUCGCGAAUUCUUGUUCAUCGCUGAGGGAGCUGAGCUUUAGCAAAUGCUUGGGUGUCACCGACGAAGAUUUAUCCUUAAUCUCAGAGAAGAACAAGGACCUGCAGAAACUGGACAUCACCUGCUGUCGCGAGAUAACUGCUCUCUCUAUUGACAACAUCUCAAGAUCAUGCCCCUCCCUAAGAUCUCUUAAGAUGGAAUCCUGCAGCCAGGUCUCACGGGAAGCCUUCCCUUUGAUUGGAGAGCGUUGCCGUUUCCUGGAAGAACUGGACCUCACCGACAAUGAAUUAGAUGAUGAAGGUUCCCGCCUUGAGAUAUAAUGUUAUUUAAGUUAAGCUGAGGCUUUGGUAUUUUAUGUUAAAAUUCCAUAGCAGCUCAAAACUUGCUAUUGAUUGCAGGGCUGAAGGCGAUCUCUAGGUGUCGCGGGCUUCUCGCUCUAAGAAUCGGUCUCUGCUUGAACAUAGAUGAUGAAGGCCUUACCCACAUAGGAAUGCAUUGUCAGAACCUCCAAGAGAUCGACUUGUAUAGGUUUGAUUGUCUUUUUUGUUUCUUUUUUUUCCCAACCGAUGUUGUUGCGUUCAACAAUUCUAAGCGCAUGCCUUUUGAUGUACUAUUCCAUGACAUAGGUAAUUUACACACCGUUCUUAUUGUUUUAAUGCCGUUGCCUUGGUUAUGAGCUCGAUCCAUGCAAAGUGAUCAUCUAGAAUAUUUGUCCAUAUUUGUGGGUGGAUUUGAGGCGAAAUAUUUCACUGAUGACGUUGGUUUGGUAGAUAAAAUUCUCAACUAAAAGAUGAUUUUGAUCAGAAAAUCUGAUGUCCAUCCUUGGUUUCAGGUCCGUUAGAAUCAGUGAUAAGGGCGUUGUAGCAGUCGCCCAAGGUUGCCCCGGCUUGCAGAUGAUCAAUUUGUCCUACUGCGAGGAAAUCACAGACAGCUCAUUGAUAUCCUUGUCGAAAUGCUCGAAGAUGAACACGGUGGAAAUUCGAGGCUGUCCUCAGAUCUCGUCAAACGGUCUCUCAGUCAUCGCCGCCGGGUGCAGACAGCUCUUUAAGCUUGAUGUGAAGAAAUGCUUUCAGAUCAACGAUGCUGGAAUGAUCCCGCUUGCCUGCUUAUCUCGAAACCUGAGAGAGGUCGAUGAUCAUCUGUUCUUCAGAACUCAAACUACCACACUCUCAUAACUUAGACGUGAUGCCAUAGAUAUCAUUUCUAUUUCAGUGGUCUGAGUGCUCAACAUCGGUCUUAAUUUUUUUAAUUAUAUAUAUAUAUAUAUAUAUAUAUAUUUAGAAUAGUUUGAAUCGGUUUUGUCAACAUUAUUGGCCAUUUUCUUUGUCCUUCAAAAACAAUUCUUCAUAAAUUUCAUCUUUUGCCGAGCGUUAGUGUUUCUUCAAUGUUCUUAAAACUAGGUCAGAUGUACAACAUUUUUCCCGUCAUUUCAAUCCUCAACAUUCAUAUAAAUUUUCCCAUUAUAAAAAAUCGAUCGUUUUUAUCAUUUUUAGAUUUUUUCUGUGCCUUACACUGCUCUAAAAAUGCUUUCCUGCUUUUUUUCAGAUCAAUUUAUCAUACUGCUCGGUCACAGACAUGGGGUUGUUGACUUUAGCGAGCUUAAGCUACCUCCAGAACAUGACUAUUGUACAUGUAGGAGGCCUGACGGCGUCUGGUUUGGCAGCAGCACUAAUAGCUUGUGGCGGGUUGACUAAAGUGAAACUCAAUCUCUCAUUCAAGUCACUUCUGCCAAAAAAUCUCCUCGAGCAUAUGGAAGCUCGAGGAUGUAUAGUUCAGUGGAGAGACAAGCCAUUCCAGGUGAAAAUAUUUUUAUCCCAUCAAAAAAAAUAUUUUUUUUCCGGUAAUCGUUGACAUCUCAUUUCAAAGUUGUCAGUCGCAUUGACCCUUAUUUUCCUCCCAAUCGAGGCUAUUCAUUUUGAACAUAGAAAAUGUGUUGAGCGCAAAACUUCUUAAACCCUCUCAAAGUUAGAAGAAAAUGCGAUCCAAAUGAAAAGAUCAAGAAAUGGAAGAUUUUUUUUUGUUUUCUUUGUAUAAUUGCAGAUAUUUUUUUCCACUUGGGAAGAUGCUUGACGAAUUAUAUUAAAAGAUAAAUUUAUUUUAAUUUUGGUGGGUUACCCACCUAGUUGACUGUAUGCUUAGCAACCAUUGUGCUUCAUGUUCUGUGACGUGUUAAUUUUUUAAAUUAUUUUCCGGCGCUGGAAAUUUGGCAAGAAACUCACCAAGAACAUUUGACUGAUUAGAUGGUUGACCCAGACCCCAUCAAGAUCUGGAAGCUGCCAGCGGGCGUGGAAACCUGA